GACGCGUUUGGGUCAUUCAACUUUCACUGAAAGUUUAUUCGUAUUAGGAGCGACACAGGGAGAGUUUUUAAUCAUUAUUUUAUUAAACUAAUAUUAAACUAAAUUCAGUUAAAAGAAUGUUUUAUUAUCCUAAUGUACUUAAUCACAGAACUGGAUGCUUCGCAACAAUAUGGCUGGCAGCCACGAAGGCCAGAAAGAUGAACCGGCGAGAUCUGCUCAAGGUUAACAUUCAGAGCACAUGCACUGACAUUAUGAACUACGUGUUGGUGCGAGUGCCUCCUCUGGCUGCAGGUCUGCCUCGGCCUCGCUUCUCCCUCUACCUGUCCUCCCAGCUGCAGUACGGAAUCGUGCUCGUCUUCCACCGCCAGUGCCAGCUGCUGCUAGAGGAGGUCCAGGAGGCCAUUGACAGACUGCACCGUUACCGAAUACAGGUGCAGAUCGACAUGCUGCCUGAGGAGAUCAGACAAACGCAAACACUUCCUGAUGCUCUCACUCUUCUGACUGAGUCGGAGGGGGCGAGAGAUCCAUUCUUCGGAUCAAUGGAGUUUGGUAUGCCCAGUCCAAGUAGCCUCAUACAGCUGGCUCAGGAAAUGGGCGUGGUUUUUCUGGAGAGACCACUGUCUCCACCUUUAGAAGGCAUCACAGCGAGUCAGGAGUCGAUCACGAUGCCCGAACGGGAACCUGUUAUCAUGCGUGAGCCCGAGUUUGAAGGGGCGGAGCUGCAGGAGAUUGACAUGAUUGAAAUGCUGCUGGAGCAAUCGGAUCAGUUCCCCGAGGGUGAGGAGGAGAGAGAACGUGAGGCAGAACAGGCAAGGGAGAGAGAGAGAAGAGAAAGAGAGAGAGAAAGAGAAAGAGAAGAGCUUGUAGAGAGAGAGCGAGAACGAGCAGCAGCAGAAAUAGAGAGGACGAGGGAUCUGACGGUGUCUACCCUCCUCAUGGAGCCGGCUCAACCCACUGAAGUACCAAGCCGAGACAUUGUGUCUGUGCCCGAGGAGGUGGAGCUGCCCGCUGCGAUGCCUGAGCCAGCUGAGAGAGAGAGGACCCCGGAGCCCGUCCCUAUUCCACCGUCCCCGCCUAGCCCAGAGAGGAGGGAGCGGCGGAGAGAGAGUCCCCGCCUGGAGGAGCUCAUCCCAAUCCCAGAGGUUCCUGUGGAGGGACCAAGGAGGAGGAAGAGGCAGCUAGUCUUUAUGGAUGAAGACAUACAGAUAUCCCAGGAAGCACUACAAGCCCAGAUUAAUGUUCCAAGCAUUGAAACCAAAUCUUUAGCGGAUGUUCUGAUCAGAGCACCUUCUCAAGUGAGCGAUCCUAAAGUACUCCUCAGUAACUCCUGCAUGAAACUUCCUGCUGAUAUUCUGGAGUUGUGGAAGCAGGGCGCAGUCAUCCCUCACAUCCCUCCAUCCAAACCCCGCAAGGAGCCUGAAGAGGAGGAUCUGGAGGCCGUACGAGAGAGGGAGAGAGGAAGAGAGGAGCAAGAAGAGGGAGAGAUCAGAGAGAUUCCCACAGAGAUAGUGGAGUCAGGCAUCUCACGAUAUGAUACUCCAGUUUCUUCUCUGGUGUUGGAGGUAACAGACAGAGAAAUCUCGCCCUUGGAGACUCCUGAGACUCGACGGUCUCCUGUUCCCGUGUCUGUGUGCGGUUUGGAGGACAUUCCCGAGGAGAGAGUCCCUGAACUGGAGGAUGUCGUGAUGGAUGUUGAUCCUCUCAGGCGAAUGGCUGCUAUUGGUGAGGAUGAAGCGACGUUUCACUCCCUACUGCCCCCUAGAGUCAAGCGCAGAACCAUCGCUCAGGCUUUCUGGAGGCUGCUGGAGCGGAUCGACACGAAAGAGGUCACGGUGCGACAGGACGAGCCGUACGGUGACAUCAUCAUCUCGGUGAUAAAGCAGCCCCGUGUGAUUGAGACUCUGGCGUGAUUGCUUUUUCAUUUUCAUUCUUUUUUUUUUUUUUUAAUGAGUUGAAACAGUUUGUUAAAGUUCAUGAAGAAUUGUAUUCACAUUUUAAACACUAUGAAGUUGAAUUAUCGACUUUUUAUAUAACGGAACACGUUUUACAUAAUGAAAUGUCGUUAACCCUGAAUGGAUUUAUUUAUUUAUUUAUUGAAAUCGAGUUCUGCUUAAUGAUUGAGUCUCAUCACUUUAAAAAAAUUUUUAUUGAAUGUUGGUUGCUAAAUUUUUGAAAUGUUAUCAUAAUUUGAAUGAUUUAUUAUGAGAUUUGUAUACCGUGUUUUAUUCUGGUUUUUAACAUUUCAUGAAGUUAUUUCACAGGUUAAUAUGAGUCAUGUGCUGUGACGCGCUCGUGUUUUUUAGGUUUAGUUUUAUUAUGAUGUACUGAUGCCUCAUUCAGUGUUAGCUUGGCAUUGCUACGAUUACAUUUGUAUAAAAUACAAUUAGUAACCUUGUCACAUGGUCUGGUUUUGUCAAGGAAUGUGAAGUAAAGAUUGCCGUGUAAAACUACACACUCACAACAUUUCAACAUUAUUUCUGAAAUCGACAUUCUAGUAUUUGUGAAUUAUUUAACAACAUGUGAUUGUUAUUGAUUUAUCAAUAAAAUCUAUUAUAACAGCACAAAUACGGUAAGCUCAAUGUGGGUUAAGAACAUGUCUUUUUUGUUCUGUUGGAAGUAUUAAAUUAUUUAAAACAACUUCAGUUUGUGUGCACUUUAGUUCAUUUUGUGGCUGUGGAGUAUUAAAUAUUUUUAUUGUGGUUGUCCAAAGUUGAGAAAUAAAUCAUAUGAAUAAAA